GUGUUGCUCUCUACCUUAGUUAGGAAGGAGGCUUGAGUGAAGUGUUGUAUAACCUUUAACCUUGUCUGAAAAGUAUUAGAUGAUCAAUAAGUGCUCCCCACCACCCCCCACCCCGUACUCGCUCCGUUUUAUAAGAGAGAGUGGUGAGGGACAAGAGCAAUUUGUAGGGCAGGCAUUUGUAUUAACGUCUUAAAAAAUCCUAAGACAAAGCAGGGAAUAGAUGUAACAUUUGGGAAUGCGGAGCUCUGUGUGCCAGAUUCAAACUUCUGAAAUAGUAACUCAACUUCUUAAUUUUUUUCUUUAAGACCAGAGACUGUCUGGGGUCCCUGUUCUGUGACCUCUGAUUGGUACACGGACCUGAAGCUGUCUGCGUCUGGCGAUGCACAGUUGGGUGGAACUGGAAAGCAGAUUUACCCGAGUGCUUUUCCUCACUGCUGUUCUGCUGUGUUUUCUUUCUAGACCCAGCAUGAGCGAAGUUCCCUGCAAGAAGCGUGAGGAUUAUUUGGAAUGGCCCGAGUAUUUCAUGGCCGUGGCCUUCCUGUCGGCACAGAGAAGCAAAGAUCCAAAUUCCCAGGUCGGAGCCUGCAUCGUGAAUGCAGAGAACAAGAUCGUGGGGAUCGGGUACAACGGAAUGCCGAAUGGGUGCAGCGAUGACCUCUUGCCUUGGAGGAGGACAGCGGAGAGGAAGCUGGACACCAAAUACCCUUACGUGUGCCACGCCGAGAUGAACGCCAUCAUGAACAAGAACUCGGCCGACCUGAAGGGCUGUGCCAUCUACGUGGCCUUGUUUCCGUGUAAUGAGUGCGCCAAGCUCAUCAUUCAGGUAUCAAAGAAGUUAUAUUCAUGUCCGAUAAAUACCAUGACAGCGAGGAGACCACCGCUGCGAAGCUCAUGUUUUAUAUGGCCGGGGUUACCUUCAGGAAAUUCACACCCAAGUGUAGCAAGAUUGUCAUUGACUUUGAUUCCAUUGACAGCAGUCCCGGUCAGAAGCUUCAGUGAGCUACAUCUCAUUAAACCGCCAAAGAUUGGGAUUUACCCUCUUCUAAGGAGCCGCAAGUGCCUUUCAUCUCAAAGUUACACCUUACUUUUCAAUACGUAGACAUCUGAGGAACAGAAAGCCUCCGUUCGCCCCGACUCUCUCUCCUGCCACGUAGAAUCUGCAUCCGAUUAAGCUAUUGAUUUAGGGUUUAAGAUAAAGGAGCCUGUGGACGGCCCUUCUGGAGGGGCUGGGGUGGGGUGCCAUGUGCCGGUUUGCUAGGGUGCUGGUGGCUCUGCAGAAGAGUGUCAGUUGCUGUCACUGCGCGUCACAGCUGCUGCAGGCGGCUGCAUGUGCUGAAAGGACAAAUAAAUAAUCGCCGUGUUGCCAGCAGGAUGAGCUGACGCUGAUGUGAACAUCUGGCCCAAAUGAGGCAGAACGUGUAGUGCCCUUGGAAAAAAAGGAGGGCCCACAUGGCAGUGGCACGAGAGUGUUUGCUUUAGAGAGUCGGAAACAGCCACCCACCCACCCAGGAAACCUGGAGAGGGCGGCACCUGCGUCCUGAGUGGGUGGGCGAAGCUGGGCUCUGGACACUUCCUCUGCUUUUGCUGUCCUGCCCCCCACAGGGUAGUGGCAUACUGUCCCUCAGAGGGUGGGGACCCCUUUGUUUUUAUGUCUCGUUUUUGGUUUGUGGGUCACACGUUAGAGUUGUUCCCGGAGCUGUGGGGCGGGGAUUGUGGGUGGGCGGGGCCAUCGCAGGUCUUCCCGAGUAAAUUGAUUCCUGUGCUGUAGGUGAGAUCUGAGGAAAUUCAGGCCCCUCCAGGGCAGCUUAUACCGGAUCUGGUGAUGGGACCUCAUUUCUGCUCCUGGCACCGUGCGUUUCUGCAUGGACCCAAAUUGCACCUUCCUGUCACUGACUCGGGUGGAGGGGGGACAUCACACGCACACGCGUGGCUGUCCACCUGCCUUUAAUCCCACUUAAUUUUUACUAAACAUGCUCAGUACCUUUGCUGAGAAAGUGGUUUCUUUAUCCUAAAGAUUUGUACUAUUUGAAAGCGCUCUUGUAUUUUUAUGUUUUUAUUUUGUCUCUGAGGGUUUGUACUCCAGAUUCCCGGGCAUUUUGUAAUUUGACUCCUUACUGAUGUUAUCAAAAUCUUAUUAAAACCUACCCCAGCGAAGUA